ACGUGACCACUAUAAAGCGCCGGGCCCCUCCGCGGCUUCUCAUUGCGGGUUUUGAGUUUCACCGGAGAGAUUAUAACAAAAAAGCCACAAUCAUGGCUGAGGCUGACCGACCAGGGAAACUCUUCGUUGGCGGCUUGAACACCGAGACAAACGAGAAGGCCCUCGAACAGUAUUUCACCAAAUACGGCAGAGUAGUCGAAGUGCUGUUGAUGAAAGACCGUGAAACAAACAAAUCCAGAGGUUUUGCUUUUGUGACCUUUGAGAACCCAGCUGAUGCAAAGGAUGCUGCAAGGGAAAUGAAUGGAAAGACCCUUGAGGGCAAACCGAUCAAAGUAGAACAAGCAACAAAGCCGUCAUUUGAAUCUGCACUUGCUAGGCGGGGGCCACCAUCCCUUCAUCCAAGGAGCCGCGGACCGCCGAGAGGACCUAGAGGCGCUCGAGGAGGACCCACAAGAGGCAUGUCAUCUAGAGGUCCACCACCAAUGAAGAGAGGGCCUCCCAUUCGCAAUGGUGGCCCUCCGCCCAAGAGAUCUGUUCCUUCAGGACCUAUGGGACGGGCUCCCAUGUCUAGGGAAAGGGAUCCUUAUGGUCCACCUCCUCCACGCAGAGACGCCAUGAUGUCCAGAAGAGACGAUUAUCCAUCUCCAAGAGAUGACCAUUAUAGUACCAAAGACAGUUACUCAAGUCGGGAUUACAUCAGCUCCAGAGAUUCAAGGGACUAUGCUCCACCACCAAGGGACUACGCUUAUCGCGAAUACCCACAUUCCAGUUCCCGCGAAGAAUAUGGAGGAUCUAUGUCACGGUCAUACAGUGACCGUGAUGGAUAUGGGGGUGGCCGUGAGUCUCGGGGCUACCUGGAACGUCCCAGUGCCGGUUCCUAUAGGGAGCCGUAUGACAGCUACGGUAACUCGCGCAGCGCCCCACCUUCAAGGGGCCCUCCACCAUCCUACGGUGGAAGCGGAGGAAGCAGUCGCUAUGACGAUUAUGGCAGCAGUUCCCGAGAUGGAUAUGGAAGUCGUGACAGUUACCCCAGCAGCAGAAGCGACCCGUACUCAGCCAGCCGUGGCGAGCGUAUUGGCAGGCAGGAGCGGGGGCCAGCCCCACCACUCGAGAGAGGCUACCCUCCUCGUGAUUCUUUCAGCAGCUCCAGCCGUGGCGCACCUAGGGGUGCCCGAGGAGGAAGUAGAUCUGAUAGGGGCAUUGGCCGAAGCAGAUAUUAAAAUGGACCACAAAAAAAACAAGCCUGAAUCCUACAAAAUGUGUUUCUUAGCUUCAAAACAAACAAAUGAAAAACAAACGGAGACUGAACUUUGAGGGAGGACUGGACAAAAACAAAACCAGGCUUAAGCUUUUAUUUAUUGUUGAGCUUUCCCCUUCCCCUACCCCUUAUCUGUUUCAUUUGAGAAGCGUUAAAUGUUUAGAAUUGCCUUUUUUUUUGUUAAUAGUACAGUAAGUUUUUUAAACAGUGAUUUGUGUGCUUGUUUAAAAGCAUUUUGUACACUAGUGCUGUUAAAUUUAAAAAGUAUUCUUUCCCUGGAGUAACACAUGCCUUCAUUUACAAAUAAAGUUUUUAUCAAAAUGAAAAAUGGUUGGAGAGAACUAAAUUUCAGUACCUUGUAUACAAAAAGCUGCAUUUGCCUAAAACUUCUACUGCCUCUUCCUGAAGUUCAGCUGAGUCCCAUAACCCCACCCUCUCUUCCCCCCAUACUGCCUCAAGAAAGUAACUGGAAUCUUAACUAUGGAUCAAAUUGCAUAAGUCACUUUUUAUAAAUGCUCAGUUAACUUUUACCCAUAUUUAACUUACCACUUGUAUGGGCCAAUGGUUUCCCUGUAUGGAACAUGGGCAAGUGUUUCUCACCCAAACUCUUUACAAUAGUGUCUCCGUUCAAAAGGAUCUUCGUCAUGCAUAAAGAAUAAGCUAUGAUGGCUUACAGCGACCUAGCCAAAGAAAACUACAACAAACGCAAGUGAGUCAUUUCCACAUUCAGCAGGUUUAAACAAGUUGCCUGUGAAACAGCAGAUGGUAAGCAAAGCAAACCUUUUUUUUUUUUUUUUCCCCCCGUCUAAGUGCAAUAUGACGUGAAUAGCCUUCUCCACAGUGGUUGGUACAGUUACGCACACUGUGCUACAUCAGUUUUGAAACUAUUACCUCAGAGGGCUGACAUCAAUCCUUCACAAUGAAAAAGCAAUGCUGGAGAGCAGCGCAAGCCUCCCAGAUUCUACAUUUUGCAAAUAGAGAUUUGAUCUCAAUAUGGCUUUGUGGUAUACUUUUCUAUUGACAAUCUUAAAUGCAGUGCUCCAAAUGUGCCGAAGUAAAGCGCCUGAGGAAGUGCUUAAAUGGAAGGCUGUUCAUAUUCAUCCUAAGUGUUUUAUAUGUAUAAGUCAAACCGUAAAAUGAACUUUAUUUAAUUGAUUGUGGAUUUAAAUGCUAGAGCUCCAAGUUCAACACCUGGGAUUAAGAACGGUUCUUGGAUAAUGCAGUAGGUGCAAGCUGUUCCAAAACAUUUUGUGGCACGACUUCAUGCCUUUUAAACAGGGAGUAAAGGCUACAGGAAAGUGCUAUAUUUAUAUUUUAAAAGUGGCACAAAGUGAAAUCUAUGAUGGCAAUGGUUUGGAAGUCAAACUAAUCUGGAAAAGUGAAAAAAAAAAAAAAAAAAAAAAACCAAAAGCAACUUAAAUCUUGGUUUAAUCUUCUGAAGAAAAGGAGUAUAUUUACUUUGACUUGGGACAAGAGCAUGUGUGUUUUUUAAAUGUGAUCCUGGGUAAUGUAAGUGGUAUUUCAUUU